CAACGAAACGAGUAAAACUAAAAUAAAUUGUCAAAGUCAAAAUCCCAAAAAAGAGAAAUCAGGAUUAAAAUUUAUUAGACUUUUUCAUUUAUAUUAUAAAAAGAUCGGUGUUUUUUACUAAGAUAUGAUAAAUGUUGACUAGAAUUCAAGUGUAGUGACUUCUAAAACAUGUUUUUGACGAUGUUGUGGCUUGGACACAUAAUGGAAGCUGAGCAUAACUUUGGUCAUUUCUGCUUUCAUUUCAUAUCAUUUUAUUAAAUUUGUAAAGCUAGGUGUAAGAGAAAAUUAGUUUGUCAUUCCAAUUUCUUAUUAUUAUUAUUUAGUUUGCUUGUAAUUGCUUAGGGUUUCGAAUUUGUUUGUAUUUUGUAAGGUUAAGUUUUGUAGGUAUAUACAAUGAAUAUACAAAUAUGUAGGGACACCUCAGAUGCUGUGGCGUUGUACUUGCCUCAGCGUUUGUACUUAAAGCCAUUUGCCAAACUUAAUAUUUCCAUCCAGCUUCCUCCCCACAAGGUCCACAACAAGUCAAUAUCCAAUUGGGAAUUGAUGGAGAAAUUGCGCAAAAUGAUCCAACCUGAUGGAUUCUCUGUCUUAAAAGUGUCGAAGCAUAGUUCUGAAGUGAUAAGGUUUGAUGCUGAGCUGGAUAAUGUUAACAAGUUGCAGCGAGUUAUGUCAAGACUUGAUGACAGAGUUAUACAGUUAAAUAAUUUUCCUGAACCUUUGAAAGUGAAAGUUUCAGAGGCUAAAUCAGAUUUUCCUAGUAGACAUGCAUGGGACUCCUUUUUCCGUGAUGCUACUGAUAUGGAUGAGAUGAAGCCAGGUGAAAGGCCAGAUACAGUACAUAUAGAAAACUUACCAAUUCGGUGGUUUGUACAUCACAGAGACCAAGAUGAUGAUGCACCUCCAUCAGAGAGUAUUUUGAAAAAAGUAUUUGAAAAGUUUGGUGCUAUUCGUCAAGUGGAUAUUCCGUGUGCAGAUCCAUUUAGAAUGCAGAUGAAAGUGCAUAUGAGAGGAAUAAGUACUCCUGCACAAAAUGCAGAUUUGUAUUUUGAUGCAUAUGUGCAGUUUAGUGAGUAUGUUGGGUUUGUUCGCUGUAUGGAUGCGUUGCGAGGGCGCAAACUGCUUCGGAAGCGCGACGAUAUUGCAGAAUGGUGUGGUAUAGCAGUAGAUUUCGACAAAACUAAACAUAUGACUGAUGCAGCAGUAAAACGCAGAGCAAUCGUACGGGAGAGACUUGCAGCGCGACAGCGAACCAAAGAUGAUGAAGAGAGAAUGGAGAAAGAAAAGCUUGCAAAGAAACAGGCCAAAGAAAGACAAAAAGCUGAAAGACAAGAAAUUGAAAAACUUCAAAAAAUGAAAGAACGAGAGGAGAGACGCAAGAAAAAACAACUUGCAAAAUUAAUUCAAAAAGAUAACUUGAAUGUGAAUGUCAAGGUUUUGGAGGAACAACGAAAACUAUUAAAGGCUCAAAAGAGACUGCAGGCGAUAAGACUGAUGGAGGAAUUGUUUAAGAGGAUUGAGGAUCAGUGUCCAGAAUUGUACAUAGAGGUAGAAAAAGAUAUGGGACAAGUGACGAGACAAGCCAAAAACAGUGUACUUGUUAAACAUAUCCACCACCAUUUGCGUCCCGAACUCCAGAAUCAUAACUCAAGUCACCGGCAAACAUUGAAGCGGUCAGAGCGGUCUCGUGUGGUGGACCACUUCAAGCGGCUCCAAGAGAAGGUGGUCGAAGAGAUGCGGCAACAGCUCAAGGACGCUCUUGAUGGUCGCGUUGUAAUCCGUUCGGCGCUGGAAACAAAGAAACCUGUGCGAGCUUCCUCUGCCAGCUCCUUCUCUUCUGAAGAUGAAAAGGUUAAGAGAAUCAAAACUGAAAGGUUGACCACGCCUGAGAGAGAAUUCGAAUACAGCAAAGCUACAGGAAUGUACGGCGUGCCGCCGGGCUACGGCUUCGGGUUCCCGUUCGGCGUGGCGCCCGGAUAUCCGUUCCCGCAAAGCAACCCGAUGUACUACCCGGUGCGCGGCGCGUACUACCCGCCGCCCGACGCGUACCGGCCGCGGUUCCGCGCGCGCGGACGCGGACGCGGACGCGGACUCGGCGCCAGGAUGCCGUACUUCGACGGACCAGACGCCAGCCAUCAGUAUUAUAUGUACUUCAAGAAGUUGACAGAACAAGAAAAUCGUAACGAACAUGACGACCGCGCUCGUUCGCGUUCGCGACGUCGCUCGUACUCGCGAUCGCGUUCGCGGCGACGUUCGUAUUCCCGCUCGAAGUCACGCGAACGUGAAUAUUCACGGUCAAGGUCACGCGAGCGAAGGCGGAGGUCAAGAAGUAGGAGUCGCAGGUCGCGAUCUAGGAGUAGAAGAUCUAGAUCACACCGUUCUCGCUCCCGCAACCGAAGCCGAUCGCGCAGUCGUCGCUCCAGGACCAAAUCCAGGUCUAGGUCCAAGCACAAGUCGCCUAGCCCCAGGAAUAAACCUACUAAUGGGGUAGAAGAAACUCCUCAACUGAGACAGCGGUCGAAGAGCUGGUCUCUGCCGAAAGAAGGAGAAAGAGAUCAGAGGAAGUCGUGGUCGAAGAGCCCGAAGGAAAAAUGAUUUAUAAUAAAAUAUUUAUACAUACUGA